AUGGAAAGAUUCAACCACUCUGUAGUGUCAGAGUUUGUGCUCCUGGGACUCACCAACUCCUGGCACUUCCAGCUACUGCUGUUUGUGUUCUCCUCCAUGUUUUAUGUGGCAAGCAUUACAGGAAACUCCCUCAUUGUGUUUACGGUGGCCUCUGACUCAAACUUACACUCUCCCAUGUACUUUCUCCUGGCCAACCUCUCCUUCAUUGACUUAGGUGUUUCUUCUGUUAGCUCGCCCAAGAUGAUUUAUGACUUGUUCAGACAACAGAAAGUCAUCUCCUUUAGAGGUUGCAUCACUCAAAUGUUCUGCAUGCAUGCAGUUAGUGGUGUGGAGAUGGUGCUGCUCAUAGCCAUGGCCUUUGACAGAUAUGUGGCCAUAUGUAAGCCUUUGCACUAUCUGACCAUUAUGAGUCCAAGAAUGUGCCUCUUCUUUUUAGUGGCUGCCUGGGUUGUUGGCCUUACACAUUCUCUAGUUCAAAUAGCUUUCGUGGUAAACUUACCUUUCUGUGGACCAAACGUGCUGGACAGCUUCUACUGUGACCUUCCUCGGUUUAUCAAACUUGCUUGCAUAGACACUUACCAACUGGAAUUCAUGGUCACAGCCAACAGUGGGUUCCUCUCUGUGGGAUCCUUCUUUUUACUGAUCAUUUCUUAUAUUGUAUUGCCAUUCAGUUUGUCCAGGUCUUGUGUCAGGCGCAAGUGGUUCACUCUGAUGAAAGGCUCAGGAUUAGUAGUUAUCUUCAACAUCAGAAUUCAGAGUAUUGUCAGAUACUGUAUAAAGAUCAUCAGAGGUCUCUGCUUUGUGACAUUGUCCUUUCCAUAA